GGUCCUUAGAUUUGCAUUGCUGUUUGCCAACACUGUGUCCCUCUCGUAUUCGCGCAUUCAGAAGUUUUUUAAAGGAGACACACUGCUGAAAAAUUGAGACUUGUUCUUGGGAUCACCACAGAUCGAUCUCGUUCACCAACUAACUAGCCACAGGCAUCGCAGGAUUACUUACUCUGCUGGCUGGCUCACAUGGAGGAAAAAGGGAAGGGAGGCUAGGGUUCUCUAAUUUCUCCUCCCCUCCCUGAAGCUUUUGAGGUGGCACUGCAUGAUAUGAUGUGAUAGACAAGUGAGGCGUGCAGCAAGCAAGAGAAUCGUGUAGGACCAGAAGGGAUUGGAUUGCUGCAUCUCCAGCUAGGUAGUUUGAGAUGCAAGAAUCAAGAAUGUGAGCAGCCAGGAGGGACAAAACAACAGGAAGCUGGAUCAAUUCUAUACCUGAAUUUUAUAUAUCCUCUGUAGUUUCUUUUCUUUGUCUAACAAAGUCACCAGGCACGCUAACUGAAAAGUAUGCCAAGGGGUGGUUACACUGCCUUCCAGAUGUGCAGGAACUGGACCUAGAUCUGCAAGAAUUCAUGCUAGGAAUUUGAUGAACACAUUAGCAUCUAGGUGGAGAGACCCAAGUAAGCUUGUCUGCAGUGACAAGUCGUGCCUUCGUCUUCCUUUCACCUGUGCAAGUCUGCACCAGGCCAACAGCAAAGCAUGCAGGACAGGAUCAGAGGGGAAGAAGGAGAAGGCAGGUGUCCCAAUUCAGUUCUGAGUUCUAACUGAACAACCAGCCAGCCAGCCAGAGCCAGACCACCAACCCGAUCUCUUCUCUGACCUGAACGUCUGAACGAGGGAGCAGAGCAGAGCGCGAGCAGGAUCAGGCCAGUUGCAGCAGCCGAGCUGAUCUCCAGACGUCGUGGCCCGGUGGGAGACAGGCAUGUCUGCGACAGCAGGUCAUGUCCAAGCACACUGCGACAUGACAUCUAGCUCUCUUUCCCCCCUGCAGCCAUGGAGCUCACCCCCUCAGGGCCACACAGCUCACCACCUGUCGCUUCCGCCGCAACCACGCAUCUCACCUCCUUCCCUGCCAGUAUAUAUACGUGCCUGCACCUGCAGCACCAUCCAUUCCAUUUCCAAUCCAUCCAUCUUGCAGCAGCUGCAGCCUACAGGUGUGGUGGUGGUGGUGUCAACGACACCUAGCUGUAGCACGUGGCCAGGUAGCUAGUCGGGUGAUCGAUCGAUCAUGGGCGACGUCGUGCGCGGCCUGCACGGCGGCGGCGGCGCCGGCGUUCCGGCGCCGGCCAAGUCGCCGGAGCGCGCGCGGCUGCACGUGGCGAUGCUGGCGCUGCAGUUCGGGUACGCCGGCUUCCACGUGGUGUCCCGGCUGGCGCUCAACAUGGGCGUCAGCAAGCUCGUCUUCCCCGUCUACCGCAACCUCAUCGCGCUCUGCCUCCUCGCCCCGUUCGCCUACUUCCUCGAGAAGAAGGACAGGCCCGCCAUGACUCCCGCCUUCCUGCUCCAGUUCUUCCUCCUCGCGCUGUGCGGGAUCACCGCCAACCAGGGCUUCUACCUGCUGGGGCUCGACAACACGUCGCCCACGUUCGCGUCGGCGAUCCAGAACUCGGUCCCGGCCAUCACCUUCGCCAUGGCCGCCGCGCUGGGUAUCGAGCGUGUCCGCCUCCGACGCCGGGAUGGACUCGCUAAGGUGGCGGGCACGAUGCUCUGCGUCGCCGGCGCCACCGUCAUCACGCUCUUCAAGGGCCCCGCCGUCUUCGGCCCGGCCACGGCGGCCGUGGUGACCACCGUGACCGCCGCGGGCACCACCGGCGGCAACAAGAGCUGGGCGCUGGGGUGCGUCUACCUCAUGGGCCACUGCUUGUCGUGGUCCGGCUGGCUGGUGCUGCAGGCGCCCGUGCUCAAGCGCUACCCAGCGCGCCUGUCCGUCACCUCCUACACCUGCUUCUUCGGCCUCCUCCAGUUCCUCGCCGUCGCCGCCGUCGUCGAGCGCGACGCCGCCGCCUGGACGCUUACCUCCGGCUCCGAGCUCCUCACCAUCCUCUACGCGGGGCUGGUGGCGUCCGGCGUGGCGUUCGCGGUGCAGACGUGGUGCAUCGACCGCGGCGGACCGGUGUUCGUGGCCGUGUACCAGCCCGUGCAGACGCUCCUCGUCGCCGUCAUGGCGUCGCUGCUCCUCGGCGAGCAAUUCUACCUCGGAGGGGUCAUGGGGGCAGUGCUCAUCAUCGCUGGGCUCUACCUGGUGCUGUGGGGCAAGAGCGAGGAGAGGGCGCUCGCUGCAAAGCUCGCCGCCGCCGGCGUCGGUGACGACGAGCCCGACGCGGCCGCCGCCUCCUGCCUGAAGCAGCCGCUGCUACCGUCGCCGGCGACCUUGGAGUCAGCUGUGUGAUCGAUGUGAUCCAAUCAAAUCCAAUCAUUUUCAUGCACGAGUAGUCCUAUAUGCAUGGCUGAGAUGCACUGCACCCGUCGUACCGUAUCGUAGUGAUGAUAGCAUCUGGUAGUUAACGUCCAUCUCGCCUCAUCAACAUGCAUGUUAGGUUAAUUAUAAUUUGUAAACUGUAUUAAUCCAUCACCUAUCACAUGGCUGUGUGUUGGGUUCACAAUGCAAGUAUACCACUACAAAAGCAAAUAGUGAGUAACAUGUGCAACCGUUGUAGUAGUAGGGAUAAAAACGGCUCGGAUACGGACAGAUAUCAUCACUGAUAUCAUAUUUGUUUUCAUAUUUCUGAUUGAAUUCGGAUUCGAAUACGGAUAAUAUCAA